AUGCCCCCGGCAGCUGGCUCGCGCACAGUAGGCGCUGCUACAGCUUCAGACCGCCGUCAAUCGACGCGACAAGGGCGCGCCACGGUGCGACCCACCAACUACUAUGCGCGCACCUUCGCCGGCCGGCUCACCGCGAGCGGGCUGGAGCAGACGCCCGAAGCUUCCAACACCACGCCGGGCUUCCUCCCGGCACUCACCCACUUUACACAGGCCGUAGAUGCCUUCCCGAAAGAGCUCAUCAAGCACUUCUCCAUGUUCAAGGAGGUGGAGGCUAAGAUGCACGACCCGGAGCAUGUGCUCAAGCAGCUGCUCGGCGAAAUCGCCCAGCUGCCCGUCCCCACGAGGGCGCAGCGCCGCGAGGUCUCCCAGAAUGCCACCGGAGCGGAGAACAGCGCGAGCCUCUUCCCCGCCGACUUCAACAGCCUCCCGCCCGACGAGCAGGCCGACCUGAAGAAGCGCCAGCUCUUCUUCCGUCUGCGCAUGCUAAUCGCGAACAUGCUGCCCACGCUGGACGAGAAGCUCGUGGUCCUGGGCGGGGCUAAGACCACCAAGGACAAGGGCCUCGCGCGUAUGAGCAACUCCUACCCGCACAUCGACAGCGAGAUCAGCGAAGAAGCACGAUACGGCAGCCUCACGCACUGGGCCUACGCAGACAAGGAAGAGAAGAAAAAGGGCGGGACAUCGCAUGAGCGGCAAAGGCGAGAGGUAGUUUCGGCCAACAACUUGGCCGCAGCUGCCCAGCACGUUCACGAUGCUGACUCCAUAGCCGCGAAAAGCGAGGCCCGGCGCGAGGCGAUGCUCGCGAACAAGCGGAACCGGCACCAACAUGUCGACUCAGACUUCGACGACAGGCCCGCCAAGAAGCCGCAGAAGCGCAAGGCCGUAGCAGUAGACGCAUCAGCGAGCGACACACGCAACAUCGGCCUGGGCAUAACGAGCAACGGGGUUGUGCCCGCAGGGAAGAGGAAAAAGACAGAGAAGGCGCUUGCGGCAGCGGCAGCUCUGCCCAUGGAGCGAUCGUUGAGCGGCGCGUUGAAGGCUGUUGGGGCCGGCGGACGGAGCGGGACAAGCCCGCGGGCAACACCAGGGGCGGAGGGUGGUGGAACGGUGAAGCGGAAGCCGCGAGCGGGUCCUGCGCCCACGCAACGCAAACAUCCGCUGCCAGUGUACUCACCUCCGCUUGCGUCAUCGCCGCUCGCUGGAAACUUCCCUCUCUCCAAAGCUGCGGUCACGAAUGCCGAGCGCCCCGCAUCGUCACGCGCGAGGAAGAACUCGACUGCGAACUCGGUUGCUUCAGCGGCCCAAGACCCCCCUCUCGCCCGUCGUCCGUCGUCAUCUCACUCGCUGCAGCAAGCGACCACGAGCAACGCAAUUGCAGAGCUUGAACAGGCUGCCGGCAUCAACCGCGAUAAUGCGUUUACAAAGGGCGCAUCCACCCCCAAAGACACCACCGAUCUUCCGCCGUUCGAAUCGAUAUCGGCCGCAGCUUUGAAACACGAGGAAACAGAGCCGCAGGAAGCGGAGAGCAUGGAGAUUGACAUCCCCGCACCCGCUCCGGUUGUAACGCGAGCAGGCCGAACGUCCAAGACGGCCACGCCUGUCGUGGGGACCUUCCCCGAUAUUCCUAUGGCGCGCAGUCGAAGCACUCGCAACGCGAAUAACGGCAACGGCAACUCAAACACCUCCUCAGAAAACAGCAGUACUACGACUGGUGUUGUUUCGAAGCGAGGACACAAGAAGAACGCACAGUCCACUAGCAAUGCUACUCUGCCGUCCCCCGCGCUCAAGCCCGCCGCGAACGGAAAAUCGAGCCCUCCAUCUUCAAGUGCGAGCUCCGUCGCCCCAGAGAUAGAGUUCCACGACCCAGACACCGACGGCGACGAGCCGCGCUACUGCUACUGCAACGAGGUGUCGUACGGCAACAUGAUUGCCUGCGACAACGACUCGUGUCCCCGCGAGUGGUUCCAUCUCCCAUGCGUCAACCUCGACAAGGUACCCGCUGGCAGGUCGAAAUGGUUCUGCAGCGACGAGUGCAAAGAGGCGCACGCGAAAGGGAAGACUGCCAAGGGCGGGCGGCCGGGAAGCAGCAGACAAUAG